AGGAAAUACUGUUUUGUUCCUUUUAGCAAAAUUGUGCCGUGGAUUUUCUGUUGCCACUUUAAAAAAUUCAGGCAAAAUGUGAACUCUAUUGAAAAAGGAGUCUGUCUUAUAAAGUGUAACUUUACCUUCAUGGCUCUGUAGAAAUACAACAUGAUUUAGGCCAAAAGCAUUGCAUUUUAAACAGUCGGUCACUGAACUGCAAAUUAAAGCUGCUUCUGCCAGGUUUUCGUUGCCGUUACGUAGAGUAUUUAUUUUUUUGCCCAGACAAAAGAGUAAGCAAACAGGAUGUGAUGGGAAAACCGAAACACGACCUCCUGUUUCUUUAAGAAACCAGCUUAUCAGGGGGUUUUAGUGUGUGCGGCCGAACCUGCUAGCAAGGAAAAGUUCUUUAAGAUGAUGGAUGUGCGCCGCCUCCAAUCACGGCGACGGGCCUGGCCCGCGGGGCGGGGCGUCCCGUCCUCGGCCAGUAGCCGCGCAGGAGGAGGAGCUUGCGGCCCAGGCUUGGUUGCGGCGGAGCACAGCUUCAAGUGAAGUUAAUCUGAGGGGAAGCAAACAGAAAAUUGUGCAGGUUUUGUGGGAAUGAAUCUGAAGUCUGCUGCAGUAAAACACUGAAGGCUUUAAAAUGUUUUCUUGCAUAAAACUCAAACUUUAAGUAGCUGCUUAUGAGGAUAGGGAAGGCAGGAAGCUAAUGUCUGUCUCAAGAUACAGGACAGCUGUUUGCCCAUCAGCUUCAACUGUGUGUGCAACAGAGAAACAUGGCUCAAGAAACUAAUCACAGCCAAGUGCCUAUGCUUUGUUCUACUGGCUGCGGAUUUUAUGGAAACCCUCGCACAAAUGGCAUGUGUUCAGUGUGCUAUAAAGAACAUCUCCAGAGACAGAAUAGUAGUAAUGGUAGAAUCAGCCCACCUGCGGCUUCUGUCGGCACCCUGUCCGAGUCUUUCCCGGUCCAGUGCACGGACGGCAGCGUCCCUGACGCGCAGUCACCCCUAGACUCCACAUCUGCAUCCGUGCAGCCCAGCCCUGUAUCAAAUCAGUCGCUUUUAUCCGAAUCUGUAGCAUCUUCCCAAGUGGACAGUACGUCUGUGGACAAAGCAAUCCCUGACACGGAAGACCUGCAAGGCAGCGAUCGUAGGGGAGACGCUCAGGAGGCUGGGAGCAGACUGCGCUGGAUGGGUUCUGUUCCACCAGCACGGGGACGAUGGCUUUACAGAAGGAGGACACUCGGGAAAGUGGCACGUAUUGUAGACUGUGAGCGAAAUGGGUGCUGCGGGCAGACGUGGCAGCAGUUGGUGUCCACGGCCACCGAGGAUGAAGACAGGGUGGUGAACGUACACCAUGCGUGUGUGGAGGACGGCGUGGCUUUCUGCACUGAGUGGCCCUGGCAACAAGAGUACCAAAGGUGGCCUUGAAGCCACAUUAGGAGAAAUCGUAAGGCGUGUUGAAAAUCUGUAGACUCCUUUUUUCAUGUACGAUUUCAGUGACCUUGGAGGUUAAGCCAGUAGCAGCUUCUAAGUACCUUUUAAAAACUCAGCAUUCGUUACCUUAGCGUUGCAGGAUCUCCGAGGAACCAGGUGUAAGUUUUCAUAUGAGUUUAAGAGGAUUCGUUUUCAGUACUUUAAAAACGUCUUGCCCACCCCGUUGAAUUAAGACUGUCUUCUUUUAUGAGAAACGUGUACCCGAGUGCAGGUGUCCCCCACUGUCCAAAAGUAGAGCGUUUCUGUCAAGCCUUUUGUAAACCAAAACGGGAUAAAGAAGCAAUUGCCAUUUCAUAAACACGGAAAUUCUCUUUGGGUAUCUACUGGUUAGCAAAAACAGGUCCUAACGUAGGUUUUUCGUAAAAGUGAAGGGGCAUGAAGCAGACUCGCAGAGAGCGGGGCCAGG